UUUCAGCGAUACCCCGGGAGUUGCGGGACAAAGGCAGAGAGCGGAACUGAGCGGUUGCAGCAGAAGGAGCAGAAGGAGUAGAACUAGGAGCGCUGUGCUUGUGUGAAUUCAUUUCCAGGCACCGUCCAGCCGACCCCCGGCACCAGAAGACUUAAUUCCCGAAUCCAAGAAGCCCGGGCUCCAAAGGGAAAGGACAUGGGUGGCUGGAGGCUGCUGAUACUCGGCGCUGUGUUGUUCUUCCCCAUCAUAGCAGGACAGAACCUUUCUACUCCAAUCAAAAAAGGAAGAGUUUUCAUAGCCCAUAAAGUGGAGAUAGGCAAUGGUACUGGGAAAUACAUCUACACUGUUGCUCCCUUUGUUUCACAAGUGCUCUCGGAUCCACUGACCACAGCGUUCUUGCCUGCAGUCUACAUUAUAGUGUUCAUCAUUGGCUUACCUAGCAACGCCAUUGCAUUGUGGGUCUUUUUUUUCCGGACAAAGAAGAAACACCCUGCCAUGAUUUAUAUGGCCAACUUGGCACUGGCAGAUUUAAUGUUUGUCAUAUGGCUCCCUUUUAAAAUUGCAUAUCAUCUGAAUGGAAACAACUGGACUUAUGGAGAACCUUUAUGCAAAGUUUUGAUUGGGUUCUUCUAUGGGAACAUGUAUUGCUCCAUUCUUUUCAUGACAUGUCUUAGUGUCCAGAGGUACUGGGUCAUCGUGAACCCCAUGUCCCACACAAGAAAGAAUACCAAACGUGCUUUCAUUGUUUCAAUUGCUAUAUGGGUGGUCAUUAUGCUGGGCACCAUUCCAUUGUACCUGAUUAACCAAACCCUGGAUCUGUCUGACCUUGGUAUCACAACCUGCCAUGACGUCUUGCCGCUGGAUUCUGCAACCUUUGACCUGUUCAACUACUUCUUGGCUCUUGCCAUUGGAGUGUUCUUUCUUCCAGCCAUUCUUACUGCCGUGGUUUAUACGCUCAUGAUCAAAACUCUGACAGCAUCUAUCACAGAUGAAAGCAUUGGGAAGAAAAGAAAGCGAGCAAUAAGGCUGAUCAUUAUUGUACUGGUCAUGUAUCUUGUCUGCUUCCUCCCCAGUAACCUUCUGCUAGUGAUCCAUUAUGGGUCAUUAAAGAACAACUACUCUGACAGCGUGUAUACCUUCUAUAUUACGGCACUUUGUCUCUCUUCUUUGAACAGCUUUAUUGACCCUUUUGUCUACUAUUUUGUAUCCAAAGAUUUCAGGGACCAUGUUAAAAACAUGUUCCUUUGCAGAAGUGUGCGGACUGUAGAGAGAAUGCGGAUCUCAUUUAGCUCAAUGAAGUACUCUCGAAAAACCAACUCCUACACAACAAAGUCAACAGACACCAAAACAAGCAGCUGUUAGGUUUACUUUUGCUUACUGAGGAUGUGUAAAUUGUGUUUCUGAGCUCAUUUCUACCUUAAAAUGCUAGAGGCACAGAUAUUUUGGUCUUGGAAUAAAUUGGGAAUAUUUGGAAAAUUCUCAGCAGCCGAGACUUCAGUUUUAUGAACCUUUGAAAGAAAGGACAGAAGUUGUUUAAUGAUAGUUACAUUAAACCAGCAACAGAGACAUAAAAAGCAGUGGCGUGCAAGAGAAAAAAACAAAGAAAGAGCUUUUUGUGCAGCCCUCUUACGCUUAGUUAAAGGGCCUUUAACAUUGUGUUAUUUAGCUUCACUUGCUUCAGCUGGCAUCAUGUGCUUUAGUUGCACCAACAGGUAUGAAUAAAAUGGAGCUGCAACACUUUCUAGCAUAGACCUUUAGAUGAUCUGCAACCUCUCUGUGGAGAAACAAGAGAAGCCUCUCUAUUUCCUGGUCAUGCUCACUUAAAGCAAGAUGUAGCUGUUAUGUUUUAUGUAAUCGAUAAAUUGGGCACUUCAGAUUUUGCAGCUCCCAGCAUCCUUCCUGCAGUUGGACUGGUCAAUAAAUACAUCUGAAAUGAAAAGCCUGCCUGUCUCUAAUGCAGGAAGUCGAAGGCGUUUGGGAGCAACACUAGCAUGAAAAAUGUUCCUAAUGUGCCAAAUAAGGGCUGUGAUUGGUCAUUUGGUAGCCCCUACGUGGAUUGUCAACCUACAUUGAGGCUCUGUUUGACAGUACACCUGUUUUUUAUGCAGCCAAUACUUGCCUCCAAGCCUGGAAUUGAGAGCAACAUCCAAGGGGUUGGAGAGCAACAUGUUGCUUACGAGCUACUAGUUGGGGAUCACUGCUCUACCAAUCAUGUUUUAUUAGUUCCAGUUACACGUGGGCACCUUCACUGUUGUUAUAAAAAUCAGCAGCCUGCUAUGUCGAUUGAACUGUAGUCCGAAAAAGGAUUUGACUUGAGUGACUGUCAUUCAUGGGAAGCCCCAUGCUAGGGUGAAAAAUCUGUCCCUGAUGUUCAUAAUACUGUGAUUUACUGUAUUUUUAUUUUACUGUAUUUUUUACUGCUUAAGAUGUGAACUACAUUUUUAUAUAUUGAUAAGUGGCAACAUUUCAUUGUUUAUAUUAAGCAUGCCAUAAGCAAGCUAUUGUUUCUUAUUAGUAUAUUGUGCCUGAAAACCAUCUCAUUUAUUUGCCGUUUUUAAAGUGUAGAAGAGCAAAAUAUUUGCAGCUGUGGAGAACCUUUCUUUUGGACCAGAGAAUGAAUAUACAUGCUAUAUACCUAUGCACAUAUGAGAUACUGUUGGAUAUCUGCUGUACUGCCUUUAUUUAAUCCUGCACCUUUGACACAUUGUCAUUUUGGCAGUCCAAGGAUAGUGAUACUGGUACAUACUGUAUAUUAUAUGAGCACUUUGGCAAAAGAGAAAUUAGUGCAUUUAUUUUAUUCGGCUAAUGAAAAUUGCACUUUAAAUGAUUGUCACAAUUUAACUGUUUAUCACAUGGGUUUUGACGUUGCUAGACUAUAGUACAACAAUUUUUAUUGGUAUUGCAUUUUGAAUUUGUUUAAGAAAUAAAUACAUUUUACUACUA